AUGGGCCGACGACGUGGACACCGCCUCCCGCCGACAUCAGCUGUGGAAAUCCCGCUCCGGGACUACCUGGCCUACCGCGAGAAGUAUGUGAUGACGGAUAACUGGGAUCCUGCCAAGCUGUAUUCAACCUUCCAGCAAGGACUGUCGAGGCUGGGACUUGCUAGCGCGUCAGUUGGUGUUUCACCAACUCCGCAGUCAUUCGACGACCUAGUCCAUGUCGUCGCAAGUGAGCUGAAGGCAGCUAUGCCAAGCAACACGCAAGUUGGUGACCUGGUCCUCCGACUUGAACGCCGAGAACUGGCUGAAGACGUGCGCUUCACGAGUUUGACGGUAUCUGUUCCAGUCGAACCUGACAGUGGCAGCGUGGGGACUACGCGUUGUGGAUCGACCGGGUGCGUGUAUGCUACGUCGACAAGCGUCCUGGAGAAACUCCACAUGCAACCCGGCGUGUCCAUCGCGACAUACCAUCAGGACGACAACUCCGCCUUGGUAUACGGCGCCGGAAACGAGUACGUACAGGACCUCGGAACAUCUCAGACUCUGCACGAAGUGCUGACGCUGUCGAUGGGCAAACUCUCAUGGGAGCUGAACCCACUGCACAUUCGUCACGAAGCAGCGUGUGCGGACGACGGCGAUGAGCAGUGCCUUGGCUUGAGUCUGCCAUUCGCAACGGGUGAUGGGCACGUGACACGGCCUGUUGCUCUCGUGACAUUGCAUCCUGCCGCGAUCCCGGAUAUGACUCGUCCGGGGGACGAGGUGCUCACGUCUUGGCACCGAAUCGUAUCGGCGAACGGUAUACUCGUGCGUCCAAGCCAAACGACCGAUUGCGAUCCGCGGGUGGACUCGUACCUAAAUCACAUCGAGACGAACCACUUCUACCUGGACGGUCAGUCGUCGCAAGAAAUGUACUCUGUGGCGUUGUUUUACCUGUUGCAGCGUGGAGUCCCGACAUCCUACGCGGGUCUCAUGUCUCGACGGCGUCUGGCACUCUCGGCCGUCAUGGCAUCGAGCAGUUCUGGCUCGGGUUCAGGCAACGGAGCCACCACGGAUAUCGAAGUGAACGUCCCGACAGCAAUGGCGGUAGUGACGUUAGCCGGUUGUAUUUUCAUCGUUCUGCUGAUGCUGUGCGUAGUUUUCCUACCCACGUCUCGAGUGAAGCUGUCGCCUGACACGACCCCCGCUGCGCAGUACGUGCAGGUCUUGACGGACGACUUGUAUCCAGACAUUGUACACAAGAAGCGGUUGCGCUUCGCGAACGGCAACUGUCUUCUGUUUAACGAGUACGUCGUCAACGCCAUUGUUUUGCACGCCAAGCGUGAUCAAACCAAGAAGAUCUAG